AUGAAUAGAGGUGAGAUGACAGAGGAAAUGAAGUUCCGGGCUGAGGUACAUGUUACAUGUUUUAAAGUUUGCUUUUCGUUCUUAAAAGUGUCUGUAAUUUCCACAUUUUUACUACAGCUGUAUGUUAUUACGUUGUAUUACAUCAGUGGCAAAGGACGCCUUGUCCAACACCUAGAUCAGUAGAUUUUUUGCACCCAUUAGCAUGAUACACUUUAAUCAAUAUGAUACAUGUAAAAUCAGUUUAUUUUUAUUACUGCCUUCAAAGGCCAUUGUUGGUUACAGAAAAAAAUAACAUAAUUUUUUGUGUUUUUUUCUUUCAGCUUAAGAAAGUUGUGACUGUAGGUGAAGGAGAACAUCCAUUGCAAUGUCCGCAUGCAUUUUGGUUUUCACGAAGACCUCAAGGCAAGCCUUAG